AUGGCUGCGGACAAUCACACCAGGGUGACCCAUUUCAUCCUUCUGGGGCUCACGGAUCGCCCAGAGUUGCAGGUCCUGCUCUUCCUAGUGUUCCUGGCGAGCUACGUGCUGACCCUGGUGGGGAAUCUCGGGAUGAUUGUGCUCAUCAGACUCAAUCCCCAUCUCCAUACCCCCAUGUACUUCUUCCUCAAUAACUUGUCUGUCGUCGACUUGUGCUUCUCCUCAGUCUUCGCGCCAAGGAUGCUGGGGAACUUCCUAAUGGAGAGCAAAGGGAUUUCUUAUUCCGCCUGUCUCGCCCAGGUAUUCCUCUUUGCUGUGUUUGUCACCACAGAAGGAUUCCUCCUGGCAGUGAUGGCGUACGACCGCUACGUGGCCAUCUGUAACCCGCUGCUCUAUACUGCUGUGAUGACCCAGAGAGUGUGUAUUUGCCUGGUAGCCAGCUCAUAUACCGGGGGGCUCCUGAAUGCCCUGACACACACCUGUGGCUUGCUGGGUUUGUCCUUCUGUGGGCCCAACGUCAUCAACCAUUACUUUUGUGACUUGCCUCCCUUGAUGCGGCUGGCCUGCUCAGACACCCGUGUCAACGAGACCUUGCUUCUGGCCUUCUCUGGGGUAAUAGCCUUUGUCACGCUUCUCCUCAUCAUCGUCUCCUAUUCAUAUAUCCUCUCCGCCAUCCUGCGGAUCCGCUCUGCCGAGGGGCGGCGCAAAGCCGUCUCCACCUGCGCCUCCCACUUCACUGCCGUCACUGUUUUCUAUGGCUCUAUUACCUUUAGCUACAUACAGCCCAGUUCCAGCUAUUCACAGGAAGAAGAGAAAGUCUCGUCCGUGUUUUAUUCCCUGGUGGUCCCCAUGUUGAACCCCCUGAUCUACAGCCUGAGGAACCAGGAGGUCAAGAAUGCCCUGAAGAGGACAAUAUUCCUUAAUUAG